AUAGUAAAAUAUUUGUAUAUAAGUAGUUGGCGGGACGACUUGAAUGCAUUUCAGCGGAAUUGGCGGGAUCUUGCUCAGAACAGGGAGGAUUAGAAAGAGAGAGUGGAGUCCUUUUAGCGGCAGUGUGACACACAAAAAGGCUAACUACUUAUUUAACAUCAUCAUAGUUGUCAAGUACUAGUUAAUGCAAUAUAGCGGUAUUCAUUUAUAUAACCAUAAGUUUACUGGAUGUUCAAUAUUGGUCUAUUGUUCUCAGGUAAAAAACACGUGUAUAAGUAGAUAUUAGAUAAUAAGCAUCAGUCAUGUUUGUUAUAUGUAUAGAUUUAAGAGCAUGUAGACCUAAGAAGUGUUUAUCUGUUAGUAAUCCUAAAUACCGAAAAAGGAAAUAUCAAAAAACUCCAGAUAUAAUCAUGACGAGCGCCUACAAAAAUAAAAGUGCGUUCAAAUCAUUACAAACAACUCGCCCUCUUGGUUACAUCCACUGCUUACUUAGAUACCAGAAAAAAUUAACGAAGACUGGAAGUAUCCAAUACAAACGCAAUAUUCGCAAUCCUGAUCGUUGUAGACCGAUGCACGCUAUUCAGCUAAUAUUACAGACAUUCAUUUGUUGCUUAGGCACAAAAGCUCUAAGCAAAGAUGAAGCGCGGCGUAUCUUCGAAGGCAGCAGCACGGGAAUCAAGCGGUACCCGUUCAUGGUGAGCGUGCAUGUGGCGGGGCACUUUGUGUGCGCUGGCUCGCUUGUGCACGAGAGCUUAGCGCUCAGCGCGGCCUCCUGUCUCAUACGUCCUUCAGAUUUAAAUGCACACGUCCAAAUCCGCGUAGCCAGCGACUUCGUCAGCAAAAUGGGCCACCUCAUAAACAUAGACGAGCACAUCUUCCACCCUCAGUUCGAUCGGACCACUCUGGCUAACAACCUAGUGCUUUUACGGACAAAGAAAGUAAGUCUACCUUAUUGUACCUAAACCAUUGAACCUGUCCGACUUAAACACGUCCCUCGUUGCGACAAUUCUCAAAAACCUGGGAGACUGCAUGAGACUUUAUUUUCGGAAACAUUUGAAACUUUCCGCAACUUGCAGACCUAAUUCUAUGCUGCUUCACCAUUAUUUUCGCGCGUCCAGAUUUUGCGAAUGGGUUGCGAUUGCGCACACGUUUGCUGCAGAUUUUGCGCGAACAUGCGUGCGCACUGGUGACGAAUCUGCAGAUCUGGCCGCACAUUUAGAAUUACUUAGAAUAAAGACAGGUGCUAGAGCUAGAAACUCUCUAUCAACGUUAUCAUGGUUCGUUAAAAAUACUUGUAAGGAAACUUGGAUAGUCUAGACAUGGCUUGAUAGCUACCGCCGCCAUAUUUUACGAACAGGUCGUUGAUGGUGCGUAGCUAUCCAGCUAACCCAGCCUAAAUCAGAUAUUACAGAUCACAACAAACAUCAUUGUCCAAGUUACCGCAGGUGAGCCUUUUUGAAAUGUUGAUAAACGCUUAUUGUAACGACUUGAUGAAGUUAGAUAAUAGUAAAGAAAGUAGUCAAAUUGCAACCCCUUCUCCCAAUAAUAUAUUCUUUAUUAUGAAAGGCACUGCGAUUUAGAAAACAGCGCGUAGUAGCCAUUCAAUACGACACGGCGGCUGCAAGCGCUCUGAAACCCAGCGUUGAAAACGUCGUCAUACUGGGCUGGGGUCGAAGAAAGGUGAGUGUCCACUCGAAACUAUAACCAUAGAUAAAAUAACAAAUUCUCGUUGUAGACGUAGCUGUUUUGUCAGCAACAGCCUCGUAAAGCACGCAUCACGCACGCUUCCUAGCGCCCUUAAACGCCCUUUGAACGCCAAGAACCCUUAAAGGUGUCGUUACUAGUCGUGCCCACAGCGCCAAGGACAUCUAUUGGUGUCAUGACGGACGCUGUCAAAGUAACCUU